ACUGUACUUACAGCUAACAAACAGCUCUUUCUAUUAAUCUGCACAGAGACGUUCAUUCACACAGAGUCAUUCGUCAGAGUAUAGCUGUCAGUUUGUUCAUUUUUAUAUGGUUUAGGUUUUAUUUGUUGUUUUUGGGAGAAUACUAAAGAUGAUUAAGACUGCGAUUCAACAUGUGAAGAAACAUCCAGGGUUAAUCCCUCAAUUUUUCUUCACGACUCUGGGCCUCACAGGGGCCUUCCUCUACCUGAUCCGCCUGGCAAGGGGGCCUCAUGUCACCUUCUGGGACAAGAAGAAUAACCCAGAGCCCUGGAACAAGCUCGACCCAACCUACCAGUACAAGUUUGUGGCCAUCAACACAGACUACAAGAACCUGAAGAAAGAGGGCCCUGACUUCUAAAGGUCCUCCAGGUAACUCCAGGGGCACCAAGUUUGGCAGGACCUCCUGCUGUCGCCUCGCUGAUGUGAAAUGACUUCCUGUACAUUUCUUCAGUCUCACCUCAUGCCCCGCUACAGCAACUCUGAAUUAAUACUAUGAAUAAAAACAAUUAAAAAUCAUA